AUGGCUCAAGCUACAUAUGAUGCUUUCAUCUCUGAUAAAAAAUCCAAAUAUGCCAGAAGGUGCUGUUAUGGGAAAAGAGAUUUCUUCUCGAAGGUGGGUUUGGAGAAUGGGAAUCCCUUCAAGUAUGAGGUAACAAAGUUUCUAUCAGCAACCGUAGAGAUUGACGUUCCCAUAUAUGGUGAUGUUGAAGAAUCAAACUGGAUUGGGUAUGCUGCUGUGGCUACUGAUGAAGGCAAGGCUGUGUUAGGGAGGAGGGACAUUGUGAUUGCUUGGAGAGGAACUGACCAAAUCAUGGAAUGGAUUAAGGAUUUUCAGUUCUUCCUUGAUGAUGUUGCGUGUCUUUUUGGUCAUGAAGCUAAGUGUAAAGUGCAUCAAGGUUUUUAUUCCAUUUAUACAGCAACAGACCCAGUUGUCCUCAACAGAACAAGUGUGCAAAACCAGGUGAAGAAAUCAGCAUUGACAGGUCAUAGUUUAGAUGUUGCACUGGCAACACUAAAUGCAGUAGAUAUAGUCGGCAAUGGCUUUAACAUCCAAGAGGAUGAUUCUCAGACAGCCUGCCCGGUAACAGCAGUUGUAUUUGCCAGUCCACGGAUUGGAGAUUCACAGUUUCAUAAGUUUUUCUCUGCUCAAAAGGAUCUUCGGACACUACGCAUUCGGAAUAAAGAAGAUAUUGUACCUAGGCUACCUAGCUUGCAUUCUGCAGAAGUUGGAGAAGAGCUGGAAAUUGAUACUCUGAAAUCCAACUUCCUAAAGCAUUUAGGGGGUGUGAAAGUUUGGCAUAAUUUGGAAGUUUAUUUGCACGGGGUAGAACACAAGGGAAGAAAGGAGGAUUCAAGUUAG